AUGAGCACACCUCCUCCUGGUCGCUUUUUGGUGCGCCAAACAGCCAUUGUUGUUUGGCAAUAUCUAGCUCUGGAUGUCUUUGCUACUCUUGCAUUGCAACAGGCAUUGGAGCAAGAGAAAAGUGGGAUGUUGCCGCUAGUGCCUCAAUGGGAUAUAUCAACCGAACAGUGGAUUGAACGUAUCAUCUCAAACAUUAUGGCGGGAUUUGUGGUGAGCCGAAUUCUCAUAGAUUUCCACCAUCGUGUCUUCUCGAUCAUCCUUGUGGGACUUGGACUCGACUCGCCUGAAAAUUGUCCUCCAUUGUACGGAAGAGCGCUAGAUGCCGAUACAGUACGGGGCUUCUGGGGAAAAUUCUGGCACCAGUUGCUGCAAAACCCCCUGACCUCUGUCAGCGCUUUCAUCACUCAAUACAUAUUGGGUCUAACGCCAAAGUCCUUCGUGCAGAGGUACAUGAAUGUUUUUGUUGUUUUCUUCUGUUCGGGCGGGUUGCAUCUCGUCCUCGACAUUGUGCAGGGAAUCCCAUCACAGGAAUCCGGCGCCAUGUUAUUCUUCGUCACGGCCCCUCUAGGCCUCAUGAUCGAAGACACCAUAAAAAUGGUUUGGAAAUAUUUGUCGAAGUCUAAUGGACAAAGCCAAAAACUUCCUAAACCUCUGUGGCAAAGGGCUCUUGGCCUAACGUGGUCUAUGGUAUGGCUAGGUGUCACCUCAACUGGGUUCUUCUAUCCACAGGUGGUGAGGCCAGAAAAUCAAGCCCUGGUUCCUUUUUCUUUGGCAGGUCAGAUUGGACUGCCUAUACAGGCAGGCAUUGUUUUGGUUGGUGGUGUUGUGCUAGCAAAGGUGUUUGAGGUUGAGGUGUGA